AUGGCCGCCACGCCAUUGAUGGAAGCGAAAGAAUUUAUUGAGCUCUUUGAUUCAUGCUGGUUUGAGAUGGAAUUCUUUAAGAAACAAUCACGUUUGUCAAAAUCAUCAGGUGUUGAUGCCAACCCAGAUCACCAAAAUGAGGAAGAAUCACCAAAACCAGAGCUUUCCAGGGUCCCAACAAUCAUUUCAAGGUGUAUGAGUGAUCAGUUGUUGCUGCCCAAAGCAAGCGUCGGCUCUGGUCUAUCUCUCUCUCCGGACUCAGUCCUCCUCACGCCGAAACUCCAUACCGUCCUUUCAGGCAAAGAAAUCGCAGAAGAAGAGGGAGAAAAUUCGAUAUCGAUACAGAAACGGAGAGUAUAUGUUCAAGAUUCACCUAAAAAGAAGGCGAGAAGCAGGAGAAGAGGGAUGAAAACUUUGAGCAAGAGUUUGUCAGAAUUGGAAUUUGAAGAGCUAAAAGGGUUUAUGGAUUUGGGUUUUGUUUUUUCUGAGGAAGACAAGGAUUCAAGUUUGGUUUCAAUAAUUCCAGGGUUGCAAAGAUUGGGAAAGAAAGAUGGGGAAGAAGAGAGUGAUGUUGAUAAGGCUACAGUUUCGAGGCCUUAUCUUUCUGAAGCAUGGAAUAAUUUGGAUAGGAGAAAGAAAGAGGAUCCACUUAUGAAUUGGAGAUUUCCUGCUUCGAGCAAUGAGAUGGACAUGAAAGAUAAUCUUAAAUGGUGGGCUCAAACUGUUGCAUCUACUGUUAGAUAA